AUGUUGGGGAUGCCAACAAGAUUCUCUUAUCAAGAGUUGAAAAAGGUUACCAACAAUUUUAGCAACAAACUUGGUGAAGGUGGAUUUGGGUCUGUUUUUCAUGGAACACUGCCUUCGGGUUCUCAAGUUGCAGUGAAACAUCUUGUUGGCUUUGGUCCAGUUAACAAGUCCUUCAUAGCUGAAGUUCAGACGAUUGGAAGCAUCCACCAUUUCAAUUUGGUAAGUCUGGUUGGAUUUUGUGCUGAAAGAUUCAAUAAUCUUUUAGUUUACGAGUACCUGGUUAAUGGAUCACUAGACCGAUGGAUCUUCAACCAAAACCAAAAACUUGCUCUUGGUUGGCAAAUUAGAAAGAAAAUCAUUCUAGAUAUAGCCAAAGGACUAGCCUAUCUUCAUGGAGAUUGCCACCAAAAGAUAAUUCAUUUCGACAUCAAACCAGAAAAUAUCCUUUUAGACGAGAAUUUCAAUGCCAAAAUUUCAGAUUUUGGGUUAUCUAAGCUAAUUGGAAAAGAUCAAAGUCAAGUCGUAACAACUAUGAGGGGAACCCCUGGUUAUAUGGCUCCCGAAUGGCUAACUUCAACCAUAACUGAGAAAGUAGAUGUCUAUAGCUUUGGUAUUGUGGUCCUAGAAAUUCUGUGCGGGCGUCGAAACAUCGAUAGAUCUCAACAGGAAGAAGAUAGGCAUUUAUUGGAACUGUUUAGGAGAGAGCAAGAAGAAGGGCAACUCCUGGAUUUAGUUGAUAAGUGCAAUAGUGAUAUGCAAUCGAAUGCAAUUGAAGUUGUGGAGAUGAUGAAGGUCGUUGCAUGGUGCUUACAAACUGAAUAUGUAAAGAGGCCUUCCAUGUCCACCGUGGUGAAGCUUUUUGAGGGCUCAGCUGAUGUUGUAAGUGAUAACCUGAAUGAAGAUUUUUUAAAUGGAUUAAUACUUGAAGCGACAGAGACCGACACUUCAACAAUUUUACCUUCUAUAUUAUCUGGGCCGAGGUGA